CCUCGACUUUCCAACCUUUUUCAAGCCUCUACCUAUCCACAAGACAGCCCUCUUUCCCCUGUCGCCGUGACCACUAUAUCCCUCAGAAAACCAUCAUCCCCUGAGAACUCCCAACCAUGUCCUGGGGCUUCCAACCAAACCGCGGCAUGCUUAACCUGGGCAACAACCCGCACCUCAUCACCCCCGAGGACUUCCCCCCCUCCAUGCCCCCCGAAGCCUAUUUCGGCGCCCCAGCGCUCCCAUUCCCCAUGCCCGCUGCCCCCAUGGCUUUCGGACCCCCACUCGCCAUAGGUAUAGCCGGCCCUCCCCUCACCUUCGCGCCUCCACCCGCAACAUUCGGCAUGCCCGUGCCCAUGCCCAUACAAUUGGGUGGUCCACCCCCCAUGAUGGCACCACCACCAAUGCAAUUCGGCCCUCCAAUGCCCCAGCCCCCUCACGGCGGCCACAUCCCGCCCGCCUGGGUCGCCAACAACCUCGGCGGGCCGCCCGCAACGAUCCCCAACAUGCCGAACGAGGGCUCGAACCUGCACUUCCCGGGCGGCCGGCAGCCGGGGUACAACAUCCUGUUCAGCAAGGAGUACUGCAGCAUCCAUGUGUUCGUGAUGGAUAACCCACCGUGGGCUGACGACGCCAAUACGAAUCAAGCGGAGGUGCAGAAAUUCCAUGCGGACUGUAAUUGGAAUGUGAAGCAGCUGAUGGAGGCGCUGAGGCCGGGGCAGGACUGUAGCGCGUGGGCGAUUACGGAGGUGGUGGAGAAGGGGGAUGGGAAGUGGGCGAGGGGGAGCACGUUUGUUUAUACGAGUGAACGGGCGGGUUUUCCGCUGACGGUGGUUGGGUGGACGAAGAAUCGGAGGGAUGGAGAUAAGGGGGCGGUUUGGGUGUGGAUGCAUAAGCCUUAGGAAGGGCAAGGGGGUGGGAGGGUAUUGGCUUAUGGGUGUUUACGACUGUUUUUCUGCGGUGGAUUGGCUAUGACUGUUAGGUAAUUACGGGGCAGGUUGUUAAUCGGGCUGAGUAUUCUUUAC